GCACAGAAAACAAUCCAAAAUGUUUUCUAUAAUAAUUUUGAUGGCUUUCAAUUUAAUGCUCUUUGCAAGAUCUGAGCAAGCGGAAAGAGAGCUUGUCAGGCCAAGAAUUUAUGGAGGCCAGGAAAAGACCAUCGAACAGCUUGGCGGCUACGCCGCUCAGAUUUACCUGGGGUAUAGGUUGGUAUGCGGCGGCGGCCUACUCAGCGCCCGUUAUGUUCUCAGUUCGGCACACUGUUUCGAAGCAGCGGCUUAUCAAAAAUAUCACGUAAUCGCCGGCCAGACAGCGCCAAGAAAUUAUUUCGCAACAGAGAGCACGAAAAAUUUAGUGCUUAUGUUGAAGAUACAUCCGGAAUAUCAGAAAACCAAGUUCGUAGCGGACAUCGCCGUGGUGGCGGUAAGUGCACCCCUUUGGGGACCCAAUGUGCACUACUUGCCCCUCUGCUCGGCAAAGCCAUCAGUAGGCAAUGUGGCCACAGUGUCUGGCUGGGGCAACAGCGAAUAUUCCCUGCAGUACAAUCCGCUACGUGUUAUGGAGGUGCCUCUCAUCUCUGACAGCGAAUGCAACCAGAAGAUGGAACGCCAGAUGCCCGACAAUGUGCUCUGCGCCGCCGGCUACAACGGGCGCACAGUCUGCAGAGGCGACUCCGGCGGGCCACUGGUCAUCAAUGGCGAACUGUGUGGCAUCAACACAUGGACGUGGGAGUGCGGCAACAACGAGAUGCCCGAUGUCUACAUGAGCGCCUACUUUUAUCGGGACUUCAUAAAAGCGACAAUGGCGACAAUGUACACUUCAAACAGAACCCCGCUCAAAAUGCAGCCUAUUCCGGUGAUAUUAAGUCUAUUGAUCGCGCCGAUUAUUGCAACGACUGAGCUAACCGAUAAGCAUCUUGUCAAGGCCAGGGUAUUUUCGGGUCAAGAAACCAGCAUUCAGGAGCUGGGUGGCUAUGCAGUGCAGAUCUACAAGGGCAGUAAAAUGAUAUGCACUGGCAGCCUCCUAACCAAAUUUCACAUUCUAACUGCGGCUCAUUGCUUCGAAAAUUCGGACUAUACGAAAUUUCACGUGAUCGCCGGUCGAACAAACUCAGAAAUAUUUUUCUACCCUAAUGAGAUCAUAAACUUCGUAGUCAAGCUAAAGAUGCAUCCGAGCUACAAUAAGUUGAGGUACAUCGCCGACAUUGCCGUGAUAAAGGUUAAAAACGCUAUCAGAACUCCAGAAGUUAGCUAUGUGCCCCUCUGCACACGGAAAAUGUCAGCCGGACUUGAAGCCACCGUGUCUGGCUGGGGCGCUAGCGAGUUUACCAGGACCAAAAACUCGCUCCGAGCAAUAACGGUGCCCCUCAUUUCUAAAGCGGAAUGCAACCAGAAGCUGGGCCGCAAAAUGCCACGCAACGUGUUCUGCGCCGGCGGCUACAACGGUCGCACGAUCUGCAACGGAGACUCCGGCGGACCGCUGGUCAUCCGGGGCGAACUGUGCGGCGUCAGCGUAUGGACAUAUGAAUGUGGUAACAAGUUGAUGCCCGAUGUCUAUAUGAGUGUGAACUUUUAUCGAAACUUUAUCAAUGAAACUAUUGCGGAAAUGGGCGACUAGCUAAAAACUCCAUAGGAACUCAUACUAUCAACAAUUCUUGUGUAUUUCGAUUUCGUGUUUGAGUUAGAAGAAAGGAAGAAAGACAAAAAAAAAGUGAUCUCAAUAAAGUCAAAAUAUGUAUGGAUAAGGAAUUGAACAUUAAUAAAUUUCAAUAAUGACA